CAACAUAACAUAACAACUGCUGCUUUAAACGGUUUAUUAAAAGUUCUAAAAUCAAAUAUACCUGACUUGCCAGCAGAUGCUAGGACGUUAAAACAAACCCCUAACGAAAUUAUAGCUAGAAAAAUGGGACCAGGUGAAUAUGUUCACUACGGACUUAUCGAUUGUUUGACAGACUUCUUAGAAGGUAAUGUUUUUAAGGAUAGAACAAUCCUUCUUAAUAUAAAUAUAGAUGGAUUGCCUCUUUGUAAGAGCUCGCGAUUACAAGCAUGGCCCAUUUUAGUAAUAAUUCACGGCACUUCUGUUGUACUGAUGGUAGGUACUUAUGAAGGUAUAAGUAAGCCUCAAAAUGUUAAUGAGUAUUUGCAAUUUUUCAUUGAAGAAGUUUGCCAAUUAAUUAAUGAAGGGAUUAGUUAUAAAUCGAACUUUUAUGAAGUAAAAUUCAGGGCCGUUAUAUGCGACGCACCAGCAAGAUCCUUUGUUUUAGGUGUCAAAAGUCAUAGCGCAUACUUUAGUUGCAUAAAAUGCCAACAAAAAGGCAAACAUUUCGAAAAUAGGAUUACUUAUGAGUUGGAAAAUUCUAUGCUUAGAACUGAUGAGCAGUUCCGAAAUAGAUGUGAUCCCAACCAUCAUAACGUAAUGACUAAAAUGGCUAUUGAGCAGUUACCUAUUAAUAUUGUGACUCAAACUGCAUAUGACUACAUGUACAUUAUUUGCCUGGGUGUCGUUAAAACUCUACUUAAUUCAUGGAUUUCCGUAAGACGGAAGAAAUAUUCUCUAACAAAGGAGAAGAUCGAAAUAUUAAAACAGCGUUUACUUUUAUUGAAACCAAAUAUAUCAAAAGAAUUCUCGAGAAAACCAAGGCAAUUUUGUGACUUAGACAGAUGGAAAGCUGUUGAAUUUAGACAAUUUUUAAUUUACACUGGUCCUGUCAUAUUAAAAGAUAUUUUAUCUGACCUUCGCUACAAGCAUUUUUUAAAAUUGAGCUUGGCUAUAAGGAUUUUACUUCAUAAGAGCCAUUGCUUAACUAACAAUAGUUGUGCGAGGGAACUUAUUACUGAUUUUAUAAACGAAGUACCCGAUCUUUAUGACAUAGCAUUGCUCAAAUAUAACUUUCAUUGCCUUUUGCAUCUACCUGACGAAGUUCUAAAUUUUCGUGAAAACCUGGACACGUUUAGUGCCUUUAAAUUUGAGAAUCACUUGUAUAAAGUCAAGCAAAUGGUUAGGAAGGGAAACUUUGUUGCGUCUCAAAUAUAUAAUCUUCUCGUUGAGCAAAGCCUGCAAGUCACCAGAGAAGAAUGCUCAACUCUAAGUUUGGAAAUAAACGCUGAAGGCGAACUAUUAUCCGUAACCAGUCACAAUAUGUUUUGGUCAAAAAAGUUCCCAGACAAUUUUUACAUUUUUGACGGCAAAAUUUUUAAGAUCCAGUCCUUUUCAAUUUACGAAGAUAAAUUGGUUCAUUCAAAUGAAGUGUUGAAUUUAAAAGAUUAUUUUGAAAUACCCUUAAAGUCAAGCCUAUUAAAUAUAAAAUGCUCUGAUUCACUGUUAUAUGAUUUAAAAACAAUAAUUCAUUCUUGUUCACAACUAAAAGAAAAGUGUUUACUUUUGUAAAGUAAUUUUGGACCAGUUAAUGUUUUUGUACCUCUCGUACACAACGCAUAAUGUCUGAAAAAACGUAUAACUUCCUAAAAGAUUCCCAACUGGGCAGGAACCAUUUUUUGCCUUUAACAAUGAUUCAGGAAUCUCAACCAGUUCAAAAGCAAACUACGCAAAUAACUCCAAUAAACACUCUGCUUCCUCUAAAUACGCUGACUUCGUUGGAAUCUUCGAUGAAGACAGUGCUUUUAGGAAAACCGUCUAAUUUGGAAUCUAAAAUGGAUACCUGCCUCAAAGAAAUAAUUUGCCUAAAAAAUGAAAAUCAAGAACACAACAAAACUCAAACAAGGUUAUUAACAGAAAUUUUAAAUAUUAGGCGACUUCUUACUGAGAAGACCGCAACAAGUAAUCGUGAAACGGCAUUUCCAAAGACUCCUUUUGAAACAAAAGAGGAAUUCCUACAUUUCGAAGAUGAAAUUCAAAGAGAUGCGGAGAAGGUUAAAAUAAUUGAAAACGAAAUCUUUUUGAUUGGCAUCCCCGAGUGCGGAAAAUUUGUGAGAGCUGUUUGGAAACGUUUAGUCAUCGAUGAAGUUGCUUGCCAAAUAACAUGGAAAAAUGUUGAUAAUAAAAUUUCGCUUCAAAAUUUAGCCAUAACUGCUGCGUUUAAAGAAGCCUAUUUCAGAAAAUUUUCUAACGAGGCGGAUUUUAAGAAAUUUACAACAAAAUGGUUUCAAACUGCACGGGACCGUGUUAACUAUAAAGCAAAACAAAUCAAACUAUAAAUU